GACGUAGAAACUCUGUGGUUUGGGGUGACGCAUGUGUUUUCUGGUGGGUGUGUUCUUUCGCGGUGUUCAGUGCGACGUUUCAGUAAAGUUCUAAGAUGGCGACGGUGCAUCUGAGAAUCGGGGACCUAGUUUGGGGAAAGCUCGGGCGCUAUCCUCCGUGGCCAGGCAAGGUCGUCAGUCCUCCAAAGGACCUGAAAAAGCCAAGAGGGAAAAAAUGCCAUUUUGUCAAAUUCUUUGGAACUGAAGACCAUGCCUGGAUAAAGGUGGAGCAGCUGAAGCCAUACCACCCCCACAAAGAGGAGAUGAUCAAGAUCAACAAGGGCAAACGUUUCCAACAGGCCGUGGAUGCAGUGGAAGACUUCCUGAAGAAGAAAGAGAAACAGGGGGGGAAAGAACAGAGCUCUGAGGGGAAAGGAGACUCUAAAGGAAAGAAGACACCAGCUAAACCUCUGAAGAUCCUAGAGGAAGAUGACGAAGACCUCAGUGCCCUGAAAGACCCCUCUGAGAAGGACCUAACUGACUCUGACCCAGAGCCGUCCAGUGUUGAGCGACUAGGGGGCCUGGGAACUACUGGACCCGUCUCAGGAUUCAAAUGGGAGAGCAGUCCAGUACGGGAUGAUCCCCAUUUCCACCACUUUCUGCUCAGCCAGACUGAGAAGCCUGCCUCGUCUAUGGAGCCGAUCAGUAAACGCCUGAAGAUCGUUGAGGAGGACACGAGGUCAACGUCUAUCCAAGCUGCAGACAGCACUGCCAUCAAUGGCAGUAUUACUCCCACAGACAAACGGAUAGGGUUCCUGGGGCUGGGGCUUAUGGGUAGCGGAAUCGUGUCCAACCUGUUAAAGAUGGGUCACGUCGUCACGGUGUGGAAUCGCACAGUAGAAAAGGUACCACAAGACAACCAACAUUGUGACCUGUUCAUCCAGGAGGGGGCCAGGUUAGGGCGGACCCCAGCAGAGGUGGUCUCCAUGUGUGACAUCACCUUCUCCUGCGUCUCAGACCCCAAGGCUGCCAGGGAUUUGGUGCUGGGUCCCAGUGGAGUGCUCCAGGGCAUCAGGCCAGGGAAAUGUUACGUAGAGAUGUCUACCGUGGAUCCAGAGACCAUCACAGAGCUCUCACAGGUGAUAUCGUCGCGGGGCGGCCGCUUCCUGGAGGCUCCUGUGGCUGGGAGCCAGCAGGUAUCUAACGAGGGCAUGCUGGUCAUCCUAGCGGCCGGAGACAGGACGGUCUAUGAAGACUGCAGCUCCUGUUUCCAGGCCAUGGGCAAGACCUCAUUCUUCCUAGGUGAGGUGGGUAACGCAGCGAGGAUGAUGCUGAUCCUCAACAUGGUACAGGGAAGCUUCAUGGCAACCAUCGCCGAGGGGCUGACCCUAGCCCAGGCCACAGGCCAAUCACAGCAUACCUUCCUGGACAUCCUGUCUCAGGGUCAGAUGGCCAGCACCUUCGUGGACCAAAAAUGCCAGAAUAUCCUACAGGGCAACUUCAAACCAGACUACUAUUUGAAACACAUUCAGAAGGAUCUGAGGCUAGCCAUCUCCAUGGGUGACACAGCCAAUCACCCGACUCCUAUGGCUGCAGCAGCCAAUGAGGUCUACAAGAGGGCUAAAGCGCUGGACCAGUCAGACAACGACAUGUCAGCUGUCUACAGAGCCUACAUUCACUAAACCUCCUGAAGAGCCUCUCCCCCCGACCCAUCCCCUCCCCCCGACCCGUCCUCUCCCCCACCCCUCCCCCCGACCCGUCCUCUCCCCCACCCCUCCCCCCGACCCGUCCCCGACCCCCGACCCGUCCCCUCCCCCCGACCCGUCCUCUCCCCCCGACCCUCCCCCCGACCCGUCCUCCUCUCCUCUGGACCACACUUAUCUUUUUAUAAAUUUUUAUUCCCGUUUUAAUUAAUUAUUUUUGCCUGGCACCAGAGAUAUUGGUGUACUUCCCAAAUGCCAUCCUAUUUCCUACAUAGCACACUACUUUUGACCAGGGUCCACGAUUUCCUCCGUGAAUGAAGCUGAAUACCCAACUCUGCAGAAUCAGGGCCCAAAGGGGCUCGGGUCAGAAGUAGUGCACUACACGGGGAAAUAGUAUGUCAUCUGGGAGGCAGCUAUUCCUUCCCGGUAACGUGAUGGGAACCUCUAACUAGUCCACCUGGAACAUUGCACUGACUGAGGGUUGUAAUAAUGCUAGAAGAAUGGUCCACAGAAGGUAGCUUCCCCCCCCCCCCACAUCUUUGCGUUUUGUUGUCGAUGGUGUUGGUCACGUUUCUGAUGGUGAAGCACUGCAGGGUGUUCGGGAACAGAUUUUGGGAUGCGGCUCCAUUGCUGACCCACCGGUAAGAUGUUCACUAGUGAUUUGGAACGCGACACAUUGCCUGUUUGCUGUCGGGUGGGUUUUGAAGCUGCACGGGCCACGGAUUAAUUUAUCACAUCUUUCUUUUUCAUUUUAUUUAAUUCUGUGUGUGAAAAUGUCGUCUUUAAUUAGAAUGUCCAGAAUUUCAUCUAAACGUAUAAAGCUGUUGAUAUUAUCUUUUAAAAAGAGGGUAGAGGCUUGAUGAGCACCAAGAGGAAUAAUGCCACUGCAUUGCCUUAAUAUUGGAACCAUUCGAAAUCUUCUGACAUGUAUUUAUUUAUUUUUAGACGCAUCUAGAGCUCCUCUAUUCUACUUCUCUUUUGGUGCAGUUUGGCCUGGAGUUGUUUCCGUAGUUGUCUGAAUCGGAACAGUGUUUUUGUUGUUGUUGUGUUCUAGCCUGUUAGAGAACCUGGCCCCUUGAGGUUAUAUUAAUUUAAGGUUAUUCUGAUGCCUUGUAAUACAGUAAUGACUUCAUCCUUCUUCUAACCGGGAUUCAUCCCAAAUGGCACCCUACUCCCUUUAUAGUGAACUACUUUAGACCAGAACUCUGGUCUAAAGUAGUGCUCUAGAUAGGGAAUAGGGUUCCGUUUGGGAUGAAUCCCGGGACAUUAAAGGUGAUGGUGUUUAAACCCAUGCAGUGGUCUUAACAUUAUUAACGACAGGCAAGUUGAUCCCUUUUUAUUGUUCAUUUAUGUUUAGGAACCACGUUGCUUAGCGACCUGUUUGUAUUUUAACACGACUAUAGAUCGCUUGGCUUGAUGACUUUGGGUGAUUGCUCCACAACAGUUCCCCUUUGCAGUGGGGGGGGGGGGGGGGGGGGGGGGGGGGGUAGAUUUAGCCUGGGUCCCAGUCUGUUUGUGCCCUUCAUGCCAACUCCUUGUCACUCACUGUCGUAUCAAACAUGUUGGGCUUGACAAGUACAGCAAGGAAAGUUGGCUCAAGACCACAAACAGAUCUGGGAUCAGACUAAGGAGGAAAGAUGUAUUUAUUACCAGCUCAAUCACCAUAUAGGAAACCGUCUAACUACAGAAUGUGAAUUUCAGUUGAAUCAUAACCACUCCCAGGCCCAAACUAUAACCUUUUACGUUCUCCUUUAAAGGAAUACCUGACAGGGCCGUGAGAAGACUGCCGAUUGUUACCUGAAUGGCAGUGGGGGGGAAUUUAGGCCACGUAAAACAAAAUCAUUUACUUUAAAGAGAAUUAGUCACCAUCGAAAGACCUCGUACCCUGCUUGAGGUGGGUUAUUGUCCUGGCAAAAUAAAAUAUUGCCCACUUUCAAUAAUGAUUUUUUUUAUCCCUUUUCUGUUUUAAGUUCAUUUUGAUUUGAAAAAAAUGUGAAACUAUUCGACUCAUCGUAAACACAAUUGAACAUGUUUAACAUUUUGAUUUUGGUUAAAUAUCAUUUACACUUCGCAACGUCUUGAUCAUCCCAUUUUGUAGAUUUUUCCUUUUUGCCAAACAAGAUGUAAAUUAAGUUUUUAGGUUUUAAUUUGUUUAAAACACGGAAAUAGUUUAUAAAGAUUUAAGAAUUAUGUUUUUAGUAGGAAACAUUCUAACAAGUGACUUGUAAAUAGCCCAUCUUGGUUGAGUGGAGGCUUUAUAACUAAAGGGUCAUAUAAACUACUUCUGGUUAGACUCCUCUACUGACUGUCAAUCAUCUGAUGUGUCCCAAAUGGCAUCAUAUUCCCUAUGUAGGGACCCUGGAAUAAAGUAGUGCACUACCCUAUGGUCCGCGGUCUAAUGUAGUGCACUACCUUAUGGACCCUGGUCUAAAGUAGUGCACUACAUAGGGAAUAGGGUACCAUAUGAAACACUGUCUUAUUAAUACUGUAGAUUGUUCUGUUCAGUGUUUGCUGUUUUAAAUUAAUCUCUUGUAAACAUUGUCUUUGUGUGGCUUAUACAGGUGAUGUUGAAAUGACUGUUGGGCCCCUUUUUUUUGUGCAGGCAGGGACGGUGAAACUGUAUGGAUUUGGGAUAUUUAUGUGAAACAUCAAGGCUUUUUGUGCAGUUUAUUAAAUCCUCUCCUGAUUUAAA